AUGAGCAUCAAACUAAAGGAUGAUUCCUCUUCCGAGGAUGAGGAAAGUACUUUGGUGACUGUCUCUAAACAUAAAAAGAGUAGUAAAAAAAUAACAAAGAGUGUUAAGAGAGAAUCCUCUGAUGAAGACGAUGACAUUCUACAUGCUGCGAGGAAGAAGCAAAAAAGGUUGAAAAAAGAUUUAAAAGAUACCAAGACCAGGAACUCGCAUGAAAACGGCAAGAGCUCUCAUAAAACUAAAAAGAAGACAUCAAAAACAAUUAAGAAGGAAAGUGAAAAUAUCGACGAUGAGGACAAAACCCUUGCGGACGUCGCAUCGCAAUCCCAACUCAGUUCUUCGACAAAGGCCUCAUCUGUUGAUAUAAAGGAAUCUUCGGAAGAUUUCAAGUGGUGGGAAAACAAUGAUAAAGAAGAUGAUAGUAUCAAAUGGACAACUUUAAGGCAUAAUGGUGUCAUAUUUCCUCCCGAAUAUCAGCCACUACCAUCUCAUGUAAAACUAUACUACGACGGAAAACCAGUGGAUCUACCACCACAAGCUGAAGAAGUGGCUGGGUUUUUCGCAGCUAUGUUGGAAACAGAUCAUGUAAAAUUACCUAUAUUUCAAAAGAAUUUCAUGCAUGAUUUCCUAGAGGUUCUGAAGGAGAAUGGCGGAACUCGAAACAACGUAGAGAUCAAAGACUUUGAGAAAUUAGACUUCACUAAGAUAGCAGAAUAUUUCCAAGUCCAAAAAGAACAAAAGAAACAGUUGAGUCCUCAAGAGAAGAAACAAUUGAAACUAGAAAAAGAGGAAUUUGAAAAACCAUAUAAAUUCUGUGAAAUAGAUGGAAGGAUAGAGCAAGUAGGAAACUUUCGUAUCGAACCUCCCGGUUUGUUCAGGGGUCGUGGUGCCCAUCCUAAGAAUGGUAAAUUGAAAAGACGUGUAUACCCAGAGGAUGUUGUUCUUAAUCUUGACAAAAAUGCACCAAUUCCAGAACCACCAAAAGGUCAUAAGUGGGGUGAGAUUAGGCACGAUAACACAGUCCAAUGGUUAUCUAUGUGGAGAGAGAAUAUAACAAAUUCCUUCAAAUAUGUGAGAUUUGCGGCAAACUCAACUUUAAAAGGAAUAAGUGACUUUAAAAAGUUUGAAAAGGCAAGAAUGCUAAAGGAUCAUAUCGAUAAAGUUCGUGCGGAUUAUAAAGCAAAGUUAAAGAGUCCAAAGACACUUGACAGACAAAUGGCUGUAGCUACAUAUUUAAUUGACGUCUUCGCAUUAAGAGCAGGUGGUGAAAAAUCAGAAGAUGAAGCAGAUACCGUUGGUUGUUGCUCUCUAAGAUAUGAACAUGUUACUUUGAAACCACCAAACACCGUUAUUUUUGAUUUCUUGGGUAAGGAUUCCAUUAGAUACUACCAGGAGGUGGAAGUUGACGCCCAAGUCUUCAAAAACCUAAAAAUUUUUAAAAGGCCACCCAGUGGACCAGGCCACCAACUAUUUGACAGGUUAGAUCCAUCUAUUUUGAAUAAGCACUUGCAAAAUUAUAUGCCAGGUUUGACGGCCAAGGUAUUCCGUACAUACAAUGCUUCAAAAACUAUGCAAGAUCAACUAGAUCUCAUCCCAAACGAGGGAACAGUAGCAGAAAAGAUGUUAAGAUAUAAUGCAGCAAACAGAACAGUUGCCAUUUUAUGUAACCAUCAACGGACUGUGACCAAGGGGCACGCUACUUCCGUGCAGAAGGCCACAGAAAGAAUUGAAGAGCUGGAAUGGCAGAAGGUGAGAUACAAAAGAGCUAUUUUACAACUUGAUAAAUCAGAAAGGAAAAAAGACCCUAACUACUUCAAGGAAAUCGACGAUUUGUCAAAAGAAGAAGAGCUCACCAUUCAUAAAAGAAUCAUUGAAAGGGAACGUGAGAAAUAUAAGCGUAAAUUCGAGCGUGAAAAUGAAAAGCGCAAAUUCGAUAAAGAAGAAGCUCUUCCUGACUCACAAUUGAUGGAAUGGCUAGCAAAAGUGGAUGACCUGGAAAAACAAUACCAAAGGGAAUCGGAUACUGGUAUUAUUGAGGUCAGAGAAUCAUUAAAGAAUGUUGAAAAACUAAAACAACAAGUCGAAAGACUAGAAAAAAGGAUCACAAAUGCAUCUCUACAGUUGAAGGAUAAGGAAGAUAAUUCAACUGUUGCGUUGGGUACAUCCAAGAUUAACUAUAUCGAUCCUAGAUUAUCUGUGGCCUUUUGUAAGAAAUUCGAUGUUCCUAUCGAAAAAGUGUUCACAAAGACUUUGAGAGAAAAGUUCAGAUGGGCCAUCGAAUCCGCAGAUGAGAACUGGAGAUUCUAA